UUUCCCUUAAAUAGAAGAUGUUUAUCAUUAUUUAUAAAAAUAAAAUAAAAUAAAUGAAGAAUUGCCCCCAUAUCUCAAGAUUACUGACAAAACGCGCAAUCUUAUUUAUUUAUUAAUUUAGUUUAUUCUCACUCGCCAAGUUCAAACAUGUCAACAUAUUUUAUCCCAGCCUUUUUGCUUUCCAUUGAACACCUCCUUGGUCUUCGCCUUCUUUAUCACCACCAAAGGUGGGAAGUUGCCAAUUCAGUGGAACAAUACCAGUGUUGACCACCAAAACCAAUAACAAACUUCUCCACCUACACCCUUUCUCAUUUUUAACCUUUAGUGUCCAAAUAUAACCAUCCAUUGUGACAGUGCACAACCAUGUCUCUACAUCCUCGUGACCUGCAUGUCUUUCAUAAUCGUUGACUGUUGUCACUAUAAAUCUUGGAAAUUGGAAGCAGUUUCAACAUCCAAACUCAAAGUCAUUGUCUUCUUGUUCUCUCUCGUCUCAGAUGGGAAACCUUUUAUUUGCAUGUGUAAUUUUCAUUGUCUCCUUUCUUGUCACUGUUGCUGUUGCUGUUGCUGGUGAGCAGAGAAAGUUCCCUGUGGGGGUAGUGUUGGAUAUGGAUACAUGGGUUGGUAAUAUAAGCCGCAGCUGCAUUUCCAUGGCGACAGAUGACUUCUAUGCAUAUCAUAGUAACUACACCACCAGACUGGACUUUUACAUCAGGAAUUCAAAGGAAGAUGUUGUCUCAGCUGCAUCUGCUGCGCUUGAUUUGCUGAUAAACAACAGAGUGGAAGCAAUCAUUGGACCACAAACAUCAAUCCAAGCAAAAUUUGUAGCAGAGAUUGGAAACAGAACACACAUCCCAAUCAUCUCGUUCUCGGCCACCUCUCCAGUCCUCUCCUCUGUUCGAACACCGUACUUCAUCCGAACAACCAUAAGUGACUCAUCUCAAGCUCAGGCCAUCGCUGCCCUUGUUCGAUCCUUUGGUUGGUCUCAACUCAUACCAAUCUUUGAAGACACAGACUAUGGCACUGGCAUGAUCCCUUAUCUCAUCGAUGCCUAUCAGACCACCAAUGCCCGUGUCCCCCACCGUUCCAUGAUCCCUCUCUCAGCCAAUGAUGAUCAAAUCCUCACUGAACUUUAUUUCUUGAUGACUUUGCAAACCAGAGUCUUUGUUGUCCAUGCUUCUUACUCCUUAGUGUCACGCCUCCUCACCAAAGCCAAAGAAAUCGGAAUGAUGAAAGAAGGCUAUGCAUGGAUUGUCACUUACGGCUUAACUGAUAACUUUGGUGUCAUGGACUCAUCCACAUUAAAAGCCAUGCAUGGUGUUCUGACGGUAAACCCCUACAUCCCACAGUACCCGGAUUUCAACACAAAGUGGAAAGCGAGGCAACCGCAAAAAGACCCUGCUGCCUUUGCCAAAAAGAUUGAGCCAAGUGUAUAUGCAAUGUGGGCCUAUGAUACUGUCUGGGCACUGGCAUUUGCAGCAGAGGCUGUUGGCGCUCCAGUAGGGACUGCUCCUCAUGAUAGAAAGCUAAUGGAUUCAUACAGAAAAAACUCCACAAACCUGGAGGAGCUCCAAGUUUCGCCAAGUGGCCACAAACUUCUAGACUCAAUCCUCGGCAUGAAUUUCGAUGGCGUCACAGGCAGAUUCCGGCUGGUGAACGGACAAUUAGAGGCUAAGUCUUUUGAGAUUAUCAAUAUAAACAGAGACAAGAUGAAGAAGAUAGGAUACUGGACCUCAGAGCAUGGGAUCUCAGGUAAGCUGGACCAUGGAACAAACCUUAAAGGGAUCAUAUGGCCUGGAGAUGCCAUCACAGCACCAAAUGGAUUGGACUGGCAGUCAAAUAACAAGACACUGAGGAUCGGAGUGCCAGUGAUGAAGGGUUUCAUGGAGUUUGUGAACAGAGAGUGGAAUCCCCUGACAAACCGCAAUGGCAGUGGCUUCUGCAUUGAAGUCUUUGACACUAUCAUGGCCUCACUACCAUACAAGAUCCCCUAUGAGUACAUCCCAUUUGAAGAUGACAAAGGGAAAAUGAACGGCACCUACAAUGAUCUUGUUUACCAGGUUUAUCUCGGUAACUUUGAUGCUGUUGUUGGGGAUGUCACAAUUACACCCAACAGAUCUCUGUAUGUUGACUUCUCAGUGGCAUAUACUGAGCUGGGGAUGGCCAUGGUGGUGCCAAUCAAAGAUGACAGAGGGAAGAGUCCGUGGAUUUUCCUAAAGCCAUUGACAACUGAUCUCUGGUUGGCCAGUGGAGCGUUCUUUGUCUUCACUGGAUUUGCCAUCUGGGUGCUUGAACACCGUAUUAAUGAGGGAUUCCGGGGACCAGCUCUUCACCAACUCGGCACCAUCUUCUACUUCUCCUUCUCCACUCUCGUCUUUGCCCACAGGGAGAAGGUUCUGAGCAACUUUACCAGAGUAGUAGUGAUCAUAUGGCUGUUUGUGGUGCUCAUACUAACUUCAAGUUAUACUGCAAGCUUGACAUCCAUGCUUACAGUGCAGCAGCUCCAUCCAACAGCGACCAGCCUGCACGAGAUCAUAAGAAACGGUGAAUACAUUGGAUACAUGGGGGAUUCCGGCAUGUUAAGGUUACUGAACAUUGAUGCAUCCAAACUCAAAGCAUUUGACUCUGCUGAAGCAUAUGAUGAAGCACUAUCCAAAGGCAGCGCAAGAGGUGGUGUUUCUGCGAUUAUUGAUGAGAUACCUUACAUCAAGGUCUUCCUCUCAAAGUAUUGUGGCAAGUAUACCAUGGUUGGCACUAUAUACAGGACUGAUGGCUUUGGCUUUGCAUUUCAGAAGGGAUCACCGCUAGUGUCCGAAGUAUCAAGGACAAUCUUGAAGGCGACCGAGGAGCUAGACAAGAAACUAUACAGGAACAAGACAGCAUGCCCAGACCAGAACAACAUGGCUUCUUCAAACAGUCUCACACUUGAUAGCUUCAGGGGCCUCUUCCUUCUUUCUGGAAUCACUACUUCUAUGGCAAUCAUUUCAUCCCUGCUAGUGUUCCUCUUGAGAAAUAGACAGGUUCUCGCUAAAAUGGAUUCAGAGAGCUCAAUGUUACGGAGGCUAAUAACAUUUGUUAAGCUAUUUGAUCAAAAAGAUGAAUCAUUUCACGGAGGAAAGAAGGGUGACCUGAAGGAGUUUUCAAUGAAAGCUGGUAGUGAUGAUGGUCCGAGUGUUUGGCCUCGCAAAAAUGGCGGUCCAGCAAGCCCCUGGUAGAAUAUCCUCAACAAGAGAUCAACAGGAAGCAUGUAACCAUAUAUGUUUCUGAAAUUCCACAAACUUAAGAGGGGAAACAUCUAUAAUAUUUAUAAUAAACUAAAGAGAUAAGACUAUCUCCUUGAAAAUAAGAUUGCACAUGAUAUCUUAAACAACAAAUGCUUGGAAUGCUUUCAAGAGCAUAAAACACAAACAGAAGCAAAGCACACAUGCUUCAUCAGCACCGUGUGAGUUGUCACUCAAGAAUCAUCGAUUAUCUUUCACAUCCAUAAGACUGAAUUGGUGAAUCAUUCCAACAAAAGGAAAAGAAAUAUAAGGCAAAUCCUUCCCAGCCUUCCAUAACGAAACAUCCUGCAAAAUGCUCAGAAAACACAGAUAUGGAAUCUCUUGAAGCAUCAAAACACUAUUUGAAAUUCUUGAGGCGAGCAUGUCUAAUGUUUUGUCCAGCAGGCAUUAGGAUCUUCGCAUAUCCAAAUACAAAAAUGUAAUAUAUAUAUAUAUAUAAGCUUAACACGCCCUAAUAGAGAAGAUGGCACUUGGCAAGACCAUUGUAAAAGAAUUUCACAAAAGUCCCCUGAACUCAAAAGUCACACCUAAGAGGAAAACAAUACUGUUCCCCAUCCAAACAAUCACAUCAUAAUGGAAAACUCGAAUACAGAGAAUGCAGACAUUGGAAAGAUCUUUCUAGUCAUCCUUGAUAAGAAUUUACCCACCAUCGAUGAGAAACAUCUUUCAAAAAUUUAUCUGAAGAAACCAGAACCAUGAACAUAUUGGCAUAUUGACACUAGAAAAUAAUAGCCCGACUCACAGAGGAGACUCAAACCACAUCUCACAAUACAAGAAACUAAAGAAACCCGGGAUAAAAAAAAUUAAAAGCUGCUCACAAUUUCACUUAUCAAUGUCUUUCAAGAACAUAAUGUAUGCUUCAAUCAGACAUCAGCCAGAGAUACCCACAGAAUCCAUAUAUUAUAAUGUCAUCAUCACAUUAGAAAAGCUACAGCAGGUAAAAUUGCGAUAGUUAUAUUCUAAAUAGCUCCCUAAUAGAAAAUAAAUAGACAUCAUGCAAAAGAACACUUCGCCAUCUGUUCUUGUAGCCAGACCAUCUCAAACAUAUUCCAAGAGGCCUACUAUAAUGUCAAAUAAACUCCAAAGUGCUUGGUUUGAAUUUGACAAUGGUACUAAAUUGGGCCAACAUUUCCAGGUUCGAAGGACCUUGAACAAAACUAGGGUUGAGGUCAUCAAGCUUGUGUCCUUAAACUCAUAACUCGUAAGUAAUCAUCCAAAGCCUGUAGGAAAGAGAGACUGCACAAUGUAUAAUGUGCUUCAUAAACUUAGCAUAAAACAUAGAAUUAAAACAAGUAAAAAGCAUGUCUUCACCGUGUACUUAUAUGUACUAUUGUGGUAGGCCACCAACAAGGCUUGUGCAUGAACAAAGUGACAGAAUUGAGGAUAAAUUCCUCUGUGAUCAGCUUGGAAAGAUCAUUUGUGCAGUCAUCUUGAGGAACAAGCUUUUGCUGUAGUGCACAUUCCCGAAUUGAAAAAGGGCACAGUUCACAAAACUAGAUAAUAUUAGUGCUACGCAACCUGCACAAAGGAAAAUAAACAACAAAGAAGGCACCUACAAGUGUCCGAUGAGUUCAUAUGAAGACAUUUUGUAACAUAUCAAAACUUAGGCUUCAACAAUACAUUCAUUACUCUUCAGACUUAAUCAACGGCAAUGUAGUGGCAUAACAUCUUUAGGGAGCAAUAUU